AAUACAUUUUACGACCAAACUAAUGCAAAGUUGGGAAAUAAAGACAUUACCUCUCUCUUGCUCCUCUCUAACUGGAAACUCCCAUCACAAUUUUCUUUGUUAUUGUAAUUUUAAUAAUCAAAUUAGACAAGUCAGCAAAACAGGUUUGUCUUGGGUGUCGUCUUAAGAAAACAUCUCAUUGCUCUUCCGCACGGAGAAAGAGUCCCGCAGUAGAUAAACUCUGUAGAAACGACCAGCUACCCACGGAAAAUGCAGUAUACGAAAAACGAACAAGUUGCCCAGGCUUUACCUAAGGAGAAAAAGCAGCGGUUCUGUGCUUUGCUGGGUGAUGUUGAACUGUCUCUUCUCUACAAAGCUUCUGUUCAUGGAUAUGAUGCUCCAGCCUUCCAUCAGCGCUGUGACCGUCAGGGUCCAACCUUACUUGUAGCUUACAAUAAUUCAGGCUACGUCUUUGGAGGAUACACUAGUGUAGAUUAUACUCAAAGUGGACAGUACAUUACAGAUGAGGAGGCUUUUCUGUUUUACUUUCAAGGCAAGAUUCCUGUGUGUGUCAAAAUAAACAGUGGACAUCACGCACGCGUCGAUGACUCCGCAGGACCCAGCUUUGGACAACAGUUGUACUUUUGCUAUAAUAACCAACCAGUUGUGUAUAAUCAAGGGGGUAAUGCAUACACCAUCAAUGCAACCACAAUGUAUGGGAACGAUGGUAACCUGAAAGAAUGUGAGGUGUACAAAAUUGAACAGAUUCCUCCGGUCAGUGUUGAGGAGAAGCCGUGGAGGGACGUGCCGUGGACCACCGAACGAAGAGAAGAGCUUGUGAAACUGAUCAAGAACUACAAACCCCUGGAGUCCUCAGUGAACCGGGUUCGAAUCCUCAUGAUCGGUCCUGUAGGUGCUGGAAAAUCCAGUUUCUUCAACUCCAUCAACUCCAUCUUCACCGGUCAUGUGACCAACAAAGCCAUGGCAGGAUCUUCAAGCACCAGUCUCACCACACAGUUUCGGACAUACCAAGUGAAAGAUGGUCGUGAGGGAAAGCCAUUACCAUUUGUGUUGUGUGACACUAUGGGACUUGAGGAGCAGUCGGGUGCAGGUCUGGAUAUCGAAGACAUCAGCUGCAUUCUCCAAGGUCUCAUACCAGACCGAUACAUGUUUAAUCCGGUGGCACCGUAUCAACUCAAAGAGCAAAAGUUCUCCAGAUCAGCAUCUCUGGAGCAGAAGAUCCACUGUGUGGUGUAUGUGAUAGACGCCACCAAAAUCUCCCUCAUGUCCAGCAAACUGGAGGAAAAACUCGCUGGCAUACGCAAAAAAGUGAACUCACUGGGCGUCCCUCAGAUCGUCUUGAUGACUAAAGUAGACGAGGCGUGUCCUCUGGUGGAGGAGGAUCUUCAAAAGGUUUACAUCAGUUCCUACAUUAAGACAAAGGUACAGGAGGUCAGCUCUCGGCUGGGUGUUCCUGUGUCUUGUGUGUUACCCGUGAAGAACUACAGUCAGGAGCUGGAGCUCAACCUCAGCUGUGAUGUUCUGCUUCUCACUGCUCUACAGCAGAUGCUGCGCUUUGCAGACGACUACUUGGAUGACAUCAGUCCCUCGUAUUGAAAC